AUGAAGGCUUGUGCAUCACGCCUCGUACGCGCUACGAGAGUCGCGCGGCUCGAGCGUCAGGUGAUGCAGGGCUGCUGCUCGAGUAGGGGCUCGUGGGCGGAUGACAGACUCUCUGGCUAUGGCGCGAGACAUCCCGAGACCCGACGCUCGAGGCUCAAAGCUGGUCUUCACACUAGGCGGUAUGCACUUGUCGAUGGCAGUCGACAGGAUCUAGCCGAUUGGAAAGUUUUCUAUCCGCUCUUUUCGCAUGAACGGAGGGCAAUCGAUCGUUUGUCCAGACUUUCUCGAGAUUCUGAAAACGUUCGGUCUAAGCAAGCUGCGAGCCAGUGCAUUUGUGCCAGCGAAAGAUAGAGAAAGUGCAGAUGUUAUCCUGUGACCAAUAAUAAGUGUGGGAAUUGGAUUUAAUACCUCUCACUUGUUGGGAAACUACGUCGCCAUGGCUCGAAGUCAAGACAGACUUUGCAAAUACAGUCGAUGAAGAUUGAUGAUCUCACUUCAGCGUUUUAUCGAAUUUUUUUGUUGGUGCCCCUCUAUAUACACGAAACUUAGAAGUGGGUUUGAAACUGGAGAGUAUCUUCAUUGCCAUGCCUGCGGUGGAGUUUUUCACUAUGCUUGGAAGUAACCUAGAUCCUAUUGUUAUGAUUCCUUUACCUCAUAGAAGUUUUAUAUUUGUGCCCAAGAUAUGUC